CUGGUAGCAAUUCUAUGAGGAAAAGACUAUAGCUUUGUAGUCACUAUCAUUACGUUCCGUGCCCAAGGCUGACAUGGACAGUAGACAUUACUGUUGACUCAGAUUCAGCGAUGACGGGCGCAAGACCGGACUUGGUAGUUCCCGCAAUUAUCGGCUAGGAUGGUAUGCCAGUAAGACGUCCACGAAAAAGAAAAUUCGGAGGCGAGAAGUCGGGAUCGUGGUGGAAUGAGAUCAAGGCAAGGGCGUGUCAAGGGCGUGCUCGUUUCCUUCUUACCAUCACAAUGUCCGGGUCGCCGCCAACGAUACGCGACCUCGCGACCAAGGAAUGCUUCAUUUGCCAGCAGGACAAUGGGCCGGUCGAGUCGUGGGUCCAUCCUUGCGAAUGCACUCUCGUAGCACACCAGGCAUGUUUGCUACGAAUGAUAGAGGCGCUACCCAAGACUACGCGAGCAGCAUGUCCUCAAUGCGGAUUCAAGUAUCGGAUAAUCAAAACAAAGUCGCUGCCUUUGGAGCUUCUCCGGCUAGGAAACUCACUUUGCAAUAUCUGCGGGACGAUGUUCAGUAUGGCAACGAUAUGCGGGGUGAUAGUGCUUACCGGAAGCUCUCUUGUAUCGGUUCUGCGCUCAUACGGCAUGUAUUCCAUGAGGUUUCUCUUCGGAGACACGAUAUUCGAUACGUUGCUGACCAGUGAUACUUCUUCCUGGCCUUGGUCGACAUGGCUCACAGUUCCACUCCUUGCUUUGAGAUGCUUAUUUACUGGGGAACCCUUCCGAUUUCGUCAUCUACUUGCCUACGUUCUUAUAUUGCCAUCUCAACCACCACGAAACGUGCGCGAACGCCUCAUGAGAGAAUCCUCCAGCCGCUUUGGUCUCUUCUCCCUUCCCUACGACUCAUUAUCGUUCCAAUGGCCUCCCACACGGUUACAAUUUGGAUGCUACAUCUAUAUCACUCAUUUUGUUUACGACUAUCUCCGUGGUCACACCAUUUGGGCCUGUCUACUACCCAUACGCCCAUACCUCGUGUCUAACAUAAUGUUUUUCAUACGGUGGCGGAGGAAUCGGACACGGCGUAUUGAAAACGGGGGAGACCCUAAUGCGCCCCAAGAGAUUGAUAUGCCACCUCUAGACAAUGGCCGCGCGCCUCCUCCGGAAGAACCUCGGUUCGCACCAGAAGUGGGGGACCGCCCCCCAUUAUGGAUGGCUCGCCGAAUCUUGCAGUCGCAGUCAAGUCCUAUGCUAGAAGCAAUGUUCUUGCCCGCAAUUGCCAGGGGAAUGGGAUACCUGCUCCACGAGCUCGCACAGCACUAUUUCCCACUUCAACGCGUACUUGGGAUUCGGCCUACUGUGGCAACCGUCGGACUAUCACUUCCGUUCGCUAACAAAAUCAUGUGGGACCAGACCCUGAACAACACCUACUAUUGGAUAAAGUUUUCCGCCUGGGUGUGGUCAGAGACUGAUCCUGUCUGGCUUCGAAACACCAUCGGGCUUGGAAUUUUCGUGCUCCUGAAGGACGCGCUGAGUCCAACUGCAUCUGUGGUUACGAAAAAACGAGAUCGAGAGUCGUCACGUUAAGGAUAGAAGUUUCGAGGGUUUAGAUCCCCGCGACCUUGAUCUUAUACGCCCAGUGCCUUAGCUGCCUGGUUCAUACUUAAAUGUAACACAUACCAGGAUAGAACGGUGUGAGUGCUGUAUCCUUCCUUUCAGGACGCAGGUCAAUCCAAAAUCAAAUCCAGUAUAAUGUCAAGGAUUCACGCUAAUGUGGCAGGUUCGGAUGGUCAGCUGUCCCUGUCGUGCCCUUCUUGA